AAAACAGUUAGUUUCUUUAAUUUGAUAAUUUGUGUUCAUUACUUAAGGUACUAGGUGCUUCAAUAUUAAAUAAUAGAUAGAUAAAUACCUAACCAUACUAUCAGGUACGCUUUGCAGACAGAAUGUUGGUUUUAAUUGCGUUGGCGUGCACAAUAAUAUCAACAGUAAUAUUUAUGAUAUUCGUGGCUGUACAUUACAAAUGGACGUUAAAUAUUUAUUCGAAACAUCAAAUUAUGAACAUAACGGAUGAUCCCAUAAAAACUAAAUUGGACAAGCAAAUCAAUAUAAUACUUUAUGGUCGUAAAAUAUUGAGAAAGGUGAUAGCUAUAUCUCACCAAGGAAUCAGUGAAGAAAAGAAAAGAAUGUUCUUAAUUAAAUGUUCUCGCCGUUUACUACAAAUGCGAAAAGAUACGAUGCCUUUAAGAUUAAACGUACUAGAAUAUCCUGCUGAAUACCUGGAAGAAGAGUCAAUAAAAAAAGACGAUGUACAUAAUUCUCCAGAUGCCUAUUAUAUGUUACAGAGCAUUAGGAUAUUUGGUUUAUUUUCCAAAGCAAUAUUCACUGAACUCUGUCGACACACUGAAACUAUAAAUGUACCCGCAGGGUUUUAUUUGUUUAAAAUGGGUGAUCCAGAUGAAAAUGUUUUUGUUGUCAAAAGUGGAUCAGUCAGCUUGAACAUUACAUUAGUGGACGGCAGUACUAUUCCUCUGAAAUUAGUAAAAUCUGGCGACAGUAUUGCUUCUUUGUUAAGUAUUACUGAUGUACUCACUGGUCAUACAAAACCAUAUAGAACCAUCAGUGCGCGAGCUGUUGAAGAUAGUACCGUUGUACGAUUGCCCGUUGCGGCAUUUCAAGAAGUUUUAAAAGAUUAUCCAGAUUCGUUAAUACAAAUCAUUCAGGUGACUAUGGUUCGUCUGCAGAGAGUUACAUUCGCGGCUCUAUACCAGUAUUUAGGCCUUUCAACAGAAAUACCUCAAAAUGAAAAUAUAGGGAACAAUUUCGAGAGUUUAGUAAGUUAUACAAAUAAUACGUCAAAUCAAGAAAUCGAUUUAACAAGAGAUAAUAAUUAUGAUGAUACAAUUGAAAAUUCCAACGAGGAAUAUCUUAAAAGGGGAACACAUAUUUUUAUGAAAGAGUUAGAACUAAAUGAUGAUCAACUAAUAUCAGGGAAAGUAGAAAUUCAUAAUAUACCAACUAACUCAGAUUUGAUGAACGAAAAUGUAUUUAUGGAAACAGCCUUGGUUUUAUUAUUAGAUGGAUCUAUCACAGUAUUUCGGAAAAUCGAUCCCGAAGGAUUAACUCAGGCUCAAAUUUGUACCAUAAAUCCGGGUAAUAUUAUUGGGGGUUUGGCCGUUCUCACCGAAGAAAUAGGGUUCUUGUCUUUUAAGACUAGUAGCCCAAGUGUCAUUGCAAUAUUAUCCAAGGAUACAAUUUAUGAACUAAUGCGUGAAAAUCAAAAAAUUAUUUUGCCAAUUGCGAACACUGUUAUUGCUUUGCUACCACCUUUUGUGCGUCAAGUAGAUUUUGCUUUGGAAUGGUUGUUCAUCGAAAGCGGACGUGCUGUAUAUAGGCAAGGCGACGAAUCGGAUGGUAUAUUUAUUGUAUUGAGUGGACGAUUACGUUCGGUUAUUACUCAAGAUAAUAUGAAAAAAGAAUUGGUCGCCGAAUACGGGAAAGGAGAUCUUGUUGGAAUUGUAGAAGUUGGCACUGAAACGCCUCGAAGUACUACGCUGAUAGCUGUUAGAGACUCGGAACUUGCUAAAUUGCCCAAAGGCUUAUUUAACGCAAUUAAAAUACGGUUUCCGGUAGUCGGUUCUACGGUCUAUAAUCUUCUCGGUCGCACGAUUUUAGGCACGUGGAAAAAAUCUACAGUUAGUAAAACGGUUGACACCAGACCGUCUCAGAGCAAUUUUUCAAAUAUCGCCAUUGUGCCCAUAUUGGAAGACGUGCCCUUGACAAGUUUUACGUACGAAUUGUACCAUUCGUUAUGUGCCAUUGGGUCUACUCUUCGGUUGACAUCGGAUUAUGUAAGGAAUGUUUUAGGAUCAGCCAUUAUGGAGCACAGCAACGAAUAUCGGCUAACCACUUGGCUGGCCUACCAAGAAGAUCACCACAAAAUAGUCUUAUACCAGUGUGACGAUACAUUUUCUCCGUGGACACAACGUUGCAUUCGGCAAGCUGAUUGCAUACUGCUGGUAACCCUCGGAGACAGACGACCCACAAUAGGGAAGUACGAAAAAGAAAUAGAACGCUUAGCAUUGCGUACACAAAAAGAAUUGGUUUUGUUGCGCAAAGAAAAUGCUAGCUUACCCACCAACACGGUGGCUUGGUUAGACAUUCGGUCUUGGGUCUCUUCUCACCAUCAUAUACGUUGUUCCCUAGAUUUAUUUUCCAGAUGUUCUGUAUUAAACUACGAAGGGAAAUGUGCACAGUCACCCAAAGUUAAUAUACAUUCGGAUUUUUCUCGUUUGGCAAGAUGGUUGACUGGAACUUCUAUCGGCUUAGUCCUAGGAGGUGGUGGUGCAAGAGGUUCCGCUCAUAUGGGGAUGAUUAAAGCAAUUCAAGAAGCCGGUAUUCCAAUUGACAUGGUCGGAGGUGUCAGCAUUGGUGCAUUCAUGGGAGCUAUUUUUAGCAGCGAAAAAGAUGUCUUACAGAUGAUACGAAAAGCUAGAUUAUGGGCUAAAACGAUGACAUACUGGUGGCGACAUAUAAUGGAUGUGACUUAUCCAGUUACGUCAGUGUUUACAGGGCAAUAUUUCAAUUCAACUUUAAUCUCAACUUUUGGGGAUACACAAAUCGAAGACCUGUGGUUACCUUAUUUUACCGUGACUGCGGAUAUCACUGCUAGUGAAAUGAGAAUACACACCCACGGGUCGUUAUGGCGUUAUGUACGGUCUUCAAUGUCUCAAUCCUGGUACUUGCCUCCCUUGUGCGAUCCAAUCGAUGGCCAUUUAUUAUUGGACGGUGGAUACAUAAAUAAUUUACCAGCUGAUGUCAUGAGAAGCUUAGGGGCGAAAUACAUACUUGCAAUAGAUGUUGGAUCACAAGACAACAUGGAUUUUACUAACUACAAAGACAGUUUACAAGGAUUUUGGCUACUGUGGAGAAAAAUAAAUCCUUUUGCGAUUACUGUGAAAGUCCCAAGUAUUGCAGAUAUUCAAUCUCGAUUGGCAUACGUCUCUUGUGUUCGACAACUCGAGGUAGUAAAAAAUAGUGAUUAUUGUCAAUAUAUAAGACCUCCUAUUGACAAAUACAAGACGCUUCAGUUUGCUGAUUUCGAAGAGAUAAAGGAAGUCGGCUACAAACAUGGCAAAAAAUAUUUUGAAGAUUUGGAAUCUGCAGGAAUAAUUCCAUUCGGGAACUAAUACACAAAUACAUGUAGCCCAAAAAUAUUUUUAAGUAUAUUAGAUCUAUAUAUGUACUUACCAACUAUUUUCUAUAUUUAUUAGAAAAUAAUUUAUAAUAACGCUAGCACACUAUAAUACGAUGGAAAAGAGGCAUCGCAUUGAUAUUAUAAGAUUAGCAGGAAUAUAUUUGUAAUAAAAAAAAUCAA